GUUCUAACCAUGCGGCCAUAGCCCAACACGCCCAAAUCCUGACCCAAGAUCCCUGAUGUACAGAAAUAAGCCGGCGCUUGAUUUGUGGUGAUAUUAAGAAAUGGAUAUUACUUCACAUGUCUUUUAAUCUCUAUUGCUGUGGCCUAUCAAGUCAGGUGACCACACUUCAUAUUCUUCAAUGUGUUUGUUUGUUCUUGACAAACAAAAGACGGAAACAAGGAGAAAAGUGACAUUUUGUCCAUAGAAACAUUAUUCUAUCCGCCGGCCACAGAACCACAUGCAUCAUUGGGAGUUUUUUCUGGGCACUCUCCCCUCGCUUCUUACUAACAUUCCAGCAACAUGCCAAAGAAGAGAGCUUCCAACGGAAGAAACAAGAAGGGUAGAGGCCACGUCAAGCCAGUCAGAUGUUUGAACUGUGCCAGAUGUGUGCCAAAGGACAAGGCCAUCAAGAGAGUCACCAUCAGAAACAUGGUUGAGGCUGCUGCCGUCAGAGACUUGUCCGAGGCUUCUGUGUACCAAGAGUACGCUUUGCCAAAGUUGUACAACAAGUUGCACUACUGUGUUUCUUGUGCCAUCCACGCCAGAAUCGUGAGAGUCAGAUCCAGAGUCGACAGAAGAGUCAGAACUCCUCCUCAGAGAAAGAGAUUCACUCAAGACAAGAAGGUCUCUCCUCAAGAUGCUGCUAAGAAGGCCGUCUAAGUGUCCGGAAGGGUAUUUGCAAAUAGGUCAUUGACUGUAAUAUAAAAAGUAUACAUUGGCUCUGUAGACGGCUGGUCGUAGGGCGGAAGUUUUUUUCGCCUGGCGUCUGUAUUUCGCUACGUUUUUGAAGCUGCCUC